UUACAACUAUCAAAUGGGGAUGAUACGAAUCCUCCUUCAAUAAGUGUAGAAAAAGAAAAGAAAAGGCCACCACUAUUUCUUUCCGUGUGUUCAGUUUCCUCUCAUCAUCACCAUGGCUUCAAGCACAGCUGAAGAAAUAGCCCAUGAUUUUCCACCAUUCAUUCGAGUUCACAGAGAUGGCAGAGUAGAAAGAUUCAUGGGAAACGAUGUUGUCCCUCCUUCAAUCAAUCCCGACACCGGUGUCCAAUCCAAAGAUGUCGUAAUUGAUCCAGAGACUGGCUUAUCUGCGAGGCUCUACAUCCCCAAAACCCUCAACCCACAUCACAAACUCCCUCUUCUUGUCUACUUUCAUGGCGGUGGCUUCUGCCUGGAAACCGCCUUCUCUCCCACAUACCAUAACUAUCUCAAUUCACUUGUGGCCGAAGUCAACAUCGUUGUCGUCUCUGUUGAUUACAGAAGAGCCCCUGAGCACCUUCUUCCAAUCCCGUACGAAGAUUCUUGGGCCGCUGUCAAGUGGGUUGCUUCUCACUCGACCGCUAAUGGUGGUGAGGUAUGGCUAAAGGAGUACGUUGAUUUUGAUCGGGUUUUCUUUGCUGGAGAUAGCGCAGGUGGUAACAUAGCACACAACAUGGCAAUUCGGGUCGGGUCGGAUGGGCUGGAUGGUGUGAAGCUUGUUGGGAUGGUUUUAAUCCAUCCAUAUUUCGGAGGGAAGGACCUGGUUGGAUCUGAAGUUGCUGACGGUAACAUCAAUGGGAAAGCGGUUGCUGAUAAAUUCUGGCUCUUUGUGUAUCCAUCGUCUAGCGGGUCUGAUGACCCGUUAUUCAACCCAGUUGUGGAUCCGAAGUUUUCGAGCAUGGUUUGUGAUAAGGUGUUGGUAUGUGUAGCUGAGAAAGAUUUUUUGAAGGAUAGGGGAUGGUAUUACAAGGAAUUGGAGAAGAGCGGGUAGGGAGGGGUGGUGGAGAUUGUGGAGUCUGCAGGGGAGGACCAUGUGUUCCACUUGUUUAAUCCGACUUGUGACAAUGCUGUGGCUAUGCUCAAACGAGUGGCUUGUUUCUUGAAUGAAAACAAUGCCUAGUUCUUUGUGUUGUGCAUUGUUGUAUUUUUUUUAAUGUAAUGUCGUUGCAUCUAUCAAAUGCUUUGCUUUUCUUGCAAAAUUUGAUUAAAUAAUGAAUAAAUCAAUGAGCAAUGCAAGGUAUCAUAAAAAAAAUUUCAUGAAAAUGAUCAUAAAAGAUUUAUGAUUCUUAAAUUACACUUAAAAUAAAGUACCAGACACUAAUCAAAGUAAUUUAAAGGUCACAAAUCUUUCAUGAUCAUUUUCAUAAAAAAAAUUUCAUGAUCCCUACCUUUUCUC